UUUUCUGACCAUCACAUGUCCAGGAAAUGCUUCCCUAAAUUAAGGGAAUCACCAUGGAUUGUUGUGGAAAAGUAUCACUUUAUCUUUGCCCUUUAUCUGAGCGUGUUAAAGCACUUUCUCAUGGAAGCCCCAUGAGGGCAUGGCUUUCUGCUGCUUUCUUCUCUGUUGUAGCUGCCGGAACACUACCUGGCGCCUACUAGCUUCCACUGGGUCUUGACAGCUCGCCUUAUUCUCCUGGCAGAAAGGGUACAUUUUAUUUUGCAGCCAGGCAGCACGAAAGCAUUUGCAGGGUGUCCUGUCUCUUCUCAGCAGCACCCCUCAGAGGUAGGGAGUAGCUCUUCCACUAAAGAAGAGGCAACUGAGGCUCAGAGAGGCCCCCUGACUUGCCCACGUCUCGUGAUUGGUUGCUUGUGAGGCCAGGACUAAUUCUUCUCUACCCAGGGGGUGAUGUGGCCCCUCAGCACCUUCAGGUCUUGUUCUGUGUAUGGUUUGGGUUGCAGUUUUGGAAGAAUGUGUUGGGAGGGCCUUUGACUGUUUCCCGAGCUGCAGUUUAUUCCCUUACCACUUCAAGGCUUUUGAAUUUUUCACGGGCCAUGUAACUAUUCCACCACCUGUACUAUUAUUAACUUAAUUUUUUUUUUGCUAAAAAUGGAAUUUUUAUUUUUACUUUAAAAAAUCAUAUGAAAAGGAAACUUUAUGACACUGCGGUGAUAGAAAACCGGGAUCACGUGAUAUGAGCAGAAGGCAACUGGAAAAAUAAACACAAUGGGAAUAACGCCACAUUAUUGAAUUCCAGUGGGGUAUGGCUACCUGCAAGGCUCUUCAAGGCUCUGAGCUGGGAGUCUGCUUUCUUCUUUUAAAUAGAAGGGCGGGGGGCGGGGGGACGAGUAAGCUGUAGGGUGAUGUUAACAUCCAGUGGUACCAAUCUGAGACCUUCUCCUCCUUGAAAGAGAAUUGGAAAAGAUAGUAACUUUCUCUCUCUUGAUGCAAAGUUCUGAGUUUGGGACGCACCUCAGUUCACCUCUGGGGUUCGCCUAGGCUGGGAUGCGGGACCCCUCCUCACCUGCGUGGUUUACUUGGCCCGUUUGGAAAGCCAUCUGCAGGAGGAGGAGGAGGAGUGAGCCUGUGCCUUGGGAAGGCGGGAGAAGAAGAUGGGGAGGGGGGUGGGGCCACAAAAGAAACGGAGGCCCUCCCUCCUCAAGAGGACCAGAUUGUGGCUUCCUUUUGGGUUCCCUCUGUUGUGGGUGGUCAUAUGCAGCUCCCCACCAUCACCAUUGGAGCAGAAUUGGAAGUUGGAACCAUUAAACGAGGGUUUUCUUUCUAGAAUCUCUGAUCUGCUGCUGUGCAGAUGGACCUGCCGGCACUGCUGUCAGAAGUGCUACGAGUCCAGCUGUUGCCAGUCGAGUGAGGAUGAAGUUGAAAUUCUGGGACCUUUCCCAGCCCAGACUCCUCCCUGGCUGAUGGCCAGCCGGAGCAGCGACAAGGACGGCGACUCCGUCCACACGGCCAGCGAGGUCCCUCUGACCCCACGGACCAACUCACCGGACGGGAGACGCUCGUCCUCAGACACGUCCAAGUCCACCUACAGCCUGACCCGGAGGAUUUCGAGUCUCGAGUCCAGGCGACCCAGCUCCCCGCUCAUCGACAUCAAGCCCAUCGAGUUCGGCGUGCUGGGCGCCAAGAAGGAGCCCAUCCAGCCCUCGGUGCUCCGGCGGGCCUACACCCCGGACGACUAUUUCAGAAAGUUCGAGCCGCGGCUGUACUCGCUCGGCCCCGGCAGCGACGACGUGGACUCCCUGACGGACGAGGAGAUCCUGUCCAAGUACCAGCUGGGCAUGCUGCACUUCAGCACCCAGUACGACCUGCUGCACAACCACCUCACCGUGCGCGUCAUCGAGGCCAGGGACCUGCCCCCGCCCAUCUCCCAGGACGGCGCGCGCCAGGACAUGGCGCACUCCAACCCCUACGUCAAGAUCUGUCUCCUGCCCGACCAGAAGAACUCCAAGCAGACGGGGGUCAAGCGCAAGACCCAGAAGCCCGUGUUCGAGGAGCGCUACACCUUCGAGAUCCCCUUCCUGGAGGCCCAGAGGAGGACCCUGCUCCUCACCGUGGUGGACUUCGACAAGUUCUCGCGCCACUGUGUCAUUGGGAAGGUGUCCGUGCCUCUGUGUGAAGUGGACCUGGUCAAGGGCGGGCACUGGUGGAAGGCGCUGAUCCCCAGUUCUCAGAAUGAAGUGGAGCUGGGGGAGCUGCUUCUGUCCCUGAAUUAUCUCCCAAGUGCUGGGAGACUGAAUGUUGAUGUCAUUCGGGCCAAGCAACUUCUUCAGACAGACGUGAGCCAAGGUUCAGACCCCUUUGUGAAAAUCCAGCUGGUGCAUGGACUCAAGCUUGUGAAAACAAAGAAGACAUCUUUCUUAAGAGGCACGAUCGAUCCUUUCUACAAUGAAUCCUUCAGCUUCAAAGUUCCCCAAGAAGAACUGGAAAAUGCCAGCCUAGUGUUUACAGUGUUCGGCCACAACGUGAAGAGCAGCAACGACUUCAUCGGGAGGAUCGUCAUCGGCCAGUACUCCUCCGGCCCCUCCGAAGCCAACCACUGGCGGCGCAUGCUCAACACCCACCGCACGGCCGUGGAGCAGUGGCACAGCCUGAGGUCCCGCGCCGAGUGCGACCGCGUGUCUCCCGCCUCCCUGGAGGUCACCUGAAGGCUGCUGGGAAGGCAGCUUCCGUCUGUAAAAAAAAAAAAAAAAAAAAAAAAAAAAAAAAAAAAAAAAAAAAGACAGAAAAAAGUGUCACAUACUAUUACAUCCACACCCACAAACGCACGCGCGCACACACACACACACUCGCACUCGCACUCACACACGACACCCUAAAUCCUCUCAGCACCGAGAGGAAGCUGACUAUUGAUCACAAAAUGGCCGCCCUCAGUGAGUGAGGCCUGAGAACUUUCCGGAAGCCCCACGCGUAGAUCUCGAGCUGAGUAGGCGCUGCCGUGGGACUGACUGGCGGCGCCCGCUCUUGUUGAUACCCCUGCCCCAAAAUGCACUUUCACCCCUCAGGCCGGGGAAGGGCCCUCCCAACGGGCGCCAGCCUGCGUGGAGACUAAACACCGAGAGUUCGGCCGGUGUGUGGGAGACCCGACACCCCCGCCCCCAAAACACACGCCCCUGGGUGACUUCCGAACAGGCUGCUGUUCCCUGGGGUUCUCCAAACCUGCUACCUUUCUCCAAAGGUGUAAGUAUCUUUGUCUCCUUAGUAAAUGUGGUGACUAGGCUAGACUGUGUGGAGAAACCAAACGGCAACACAAAGCACGCCAGCGUCCGAAGCCUCUCCUGGCGUCACUGAACUGUCCUUGUGUUCGCUCCUUCCAGGGGCCUCCCUGUGGGUGCGUGUGCGUGUGCGUGUGUGUGUGUGUUCUCGUGCGUGUGCCCUCAUGGAGGAACACACGCGUGUGCCCGUGUGUCCUCUCCGAGAGCAAGGUGACGGGCCGGGACCUCGACCCUGAGCACCCCCUUCUCUCUGCCCCUCCCAUCUGGUGAGAUGUCACCCCCUGUCCUCCCCCUGUCUGUCAAAGCCCCCACCGUGGGUAACAGUAACGUGUGUGUGUCUCGAGUAAAUAGGAUACGAUAGAAUAAAAGUGACAUUUUUGACCGCAUCAGGGUGAUUGUGACCCACGAAAGACCUUCAGAGGACCUGAUUCGUGGAUUAAAAUGGCCACCACACCCCACGCACAACGGUCUCCCUCCUUAGUCGUUCUCCGAGGAUCUUUCUGUGUUUGUGUGUGAACCAAAGUCAUGUCUCACGUGCUAAGGAAUUAGUGUAGCUAGAAUAGAUCUCUCUCUCUCUCUCCCUCUCUCUCUCUCUCUCUCUCUCUCUCUCUCUCUCUGUUGGAUGCUUCUGUAUCUCUUUCCACAGCAUAUUGUCUGGUGUGAUGGGGAGCUAUUUAUUGAAAUUAAAGACUAUUUAUUUGUGCCA